GUGAGCGCCUUGAGAUUCUCCGUCAGUCGCGAUCUUCUUCAACUAAACUAAACGGGGUCAGGAUGGGUUCAGCGUCCAGUUUACUGGAUGAAAACAGAGCCAACUACUUAAAAGAGCAAGUGGAUGCUAGAUUUAAUGAGUUCGCAACGAUAUAUAGGAAACAAUAUAUUCUAGCCUUCUUGUCCCAGCAACACAAAGAGCUUCAGCAACACAAAGAGCAACACACGCAGCUCCUCAAGCAAAAGAAUCCUUUAGAGCCGGGAACAACCCUGUAUGAAGAGAAUGUGGUGUUCUUUGAGGAUGGCAAAAGAUGGAAACACAGAUUCGUGGUGGUGCGAGCCAGUUACAUCUUGGAGUGUCAUAAGAGCUACAAGGCAUUUAUGAAAGGUUACCCUCCGCUGCUCAGGCUCGUGCCUACAGGGGGCACUGUAUUCACUUCAGAACAGGAAUAUAUAGAGAAGCUGGACCAGUGUUGCCCUUUCACUAGCAAUGUCAAGGGAGAUUUUGUGCCUAUUGAAGAAAGCAUGCCAGGACAGUGCCCAGUUUAUCUCAGACUUCCGUACCGUAAGGAUCAUUAUUUCUGUCUCCACAAUGAAGAACAGCAAACGGAAUUCAUCUCCAUCUUAUCGGAUUGCAUUCGCCACCAGAACAAAGACUUUCUCAAGAAGAAUACGUGCGAGGUUAAAGCCUUUCUCAAAGCUCUUCAGUUCUACAGGCAGGAGAAGGGCCAGUAUGAAUCAUGGGAUAUGCUCAUAGGCAGUGAUGUACGGGUGCUUGCUAAUCUGUUCAUGGAGGACCUUAUGCCCUAUCUGGAGACAGAAUUACAGCCGUUUCUAAAGAGCAGGAAGACAGACAAGAGGAGAAUCUGGUUUAUGACAAUGGAAGAUGCUUAUUUUCGAAUGAAUGAACAUCUACUGGAGAGGCUGAACACAUUGAAAGAGGAAUGCAAAGACCUGGUUAAAGAGAAUGAGGUGUCCAUGCGCUCCGACAUGGAUCAGAUCAUCAGCUCCAGAGCUUUUCUGGAAGGCAAACUCAAAGCAUUGGUUGCUGAGCAAGCAACAAAAUACUGUGCAGAGCACGUGCAGCCGUACCUGCCAGCCGUCUUGGAGGAAGUGAUGGUGCCCAUCAGUCUGGGCUUCACAGAGGCCCGGCAGCUCAGUGAGGAGGAGAUGAAACAACUGUUUGAGGACUUCCAGGAACGUGAUCAAAUUGAGGAACUCAAACAGGCUCUGUUUAAAAUGAGUAUGGCUAAUUUACAGAGCUGUUAUAAGAAAGUAAGCAAACUGUCAGAUCACAUCCAAGAACUUCAGCAAACCUUCAACUACCCUGUCAAGGGUCUGCAGAACAGCACAGAGAUAGACAUAAAACAGUUGAUGGAGAAUGUCGAGUACACCUAUGAACUUCUUCUGAGAAAGGCCCUGGAGGACCCCUCCAUCAACUUCGGGAUGGCCAUUCAAAAGGCUUCAAACAGGGUCCUGAAGCAAUUUGACUAUGACAGUAGCACAGUGAGGAAAAAGAUCUUUCAAGAUGCACUGAUAACCAUCACUCUACCCAGCAUCAAGAAGCAUUUAGCACCAUCAUUCAAAGAGGAGCUACCAAAAUUUGAGCAGCACAUAUUUGCUGAUUAUUCAAACUUCAUCAAUGUGGAAAACGUGUAUGAGGAUGUUCUCCAACAGAUACUGGAAAAGGAAGUCCUCUUGGUGGUCAAUGAAGCGGCCAGCAAAAAGAAAUACAACCUGCUUACAGAGAGCAGAUACAAUUUCAGUCACUCCAGCCUGUCUACCACUCCUCCCAACAGCCCAAGAUACUUAAAGAGCUCCCCAAAUCCCAGCACAGCCCUUCCUUCCUCCCCGUUACUGGGCAAUGGCCUGAAAGAGAGCCGAACAUUCACCGGUGAACUGGAGCAGGAGAUGAAUGGGGUCGGUCAGUCCUCCCUUAAGUCCAAAGACGCUCAGCCUACAACACUGUGUGAAGAUCUGCCAAAAUCUGCACCUGUCACAGUCAAAGCUGAUGUGGGACAGAAUAAGACACUUUUGGACGAGAAUGUUGAUGAUGUGUUUGUCACUGAUGAUGAGAAAACAAUUAAACAGACAGAGACCUCUACGAACACUGCCCCUGAGACCAGACCAGAGCUUAUAAAGAAUGCUUUGGUCCGUUCUAGUCCCAUCGGAAAGGUCACUGAAGCCCUACAACGGGCUGCUACUUCCAGAUCAACAGAAGCUAAUGUCCCCACGUCAGUAAUCAGCUCUGGAGGUGAGGCUGAGCUCACAGCGCCCCCUGCUGGAGAGGACAACAUCAGCCCAAUUGCGGUUUGUUUACCUAUUAAAAAUGCAAGUGUUAAUGAAAUGGAUGAUGCUGAUGACAUCAUUGAAAGAUUAUCAGACAGCCAACGAAUCAUCAAUCCAGACAUAUCAUCAUCAGACCCAGUCAAGGAAGCCAAACCCAUGGACUGUGUGCAAGAGAUCAGGGAUCUUGUAGUGGAGGUCACUGAAAUAGAGGAGAUCAUGCAGCCCUCUGAAGACAAUGAGGAAAGCGUCCAGAAAACGUUGUCUACAGAUAAUGAAGAAAACAUUCCCAAUAUGUUGUCCAAAGAACACGAGGAAAACAUUCAGCCAUUUGUGUAUCUGGUUUAAGUUUCCAAUUCUGGGUUUGAAAUGUCUGACAUUGGUUGGUAUCCAUCAUAUUUGUACAUGUAACCAAACAGGUCAAUUGUAAAUUUAUAUUAAUUAUAAUUUGUAUACUACAAAUUUUGUUGUAUAGAAGUAGUUAAAAAGUUCUCUUAUGAGGAGGGUUUUAAUGAAAAGAAUGUAAUAAUCUUAUUUUAUGUUAGCUGUUGUUUUAAAUAUGUACAAAUGAAUUGCUAUCAUUUAAUAAUUUGUUAAUUAUUAAUAAUGUUCAUUCAUUUUAAUAUGAUUGCCUUUUUAAUAUGUGAAAUCUACAUUUGUAAAAUAAUCAUGUUUGUAAAUGUGUCCUAUCUGUGAAACUCAAACAAAAUUGUUGUGGAACACUGUUACCAUUCUGGGAAGGCAAUGAAGCAUUCACAAUAUAGACAAAUGGUGCACUGUAUAUCUGAUAAAGUAAUUUACCCAUAAUGCACAGCUACAUCAGAAUAUGCUAAGAACCUUUAAGGCUUCGCUGGAAUUCGUGACAUAUUUAAAAUGUGGUGCUGCAUGGGUUGUCAUAAAUCUGGGACUGAUCUCAUUUUGGAUGACAGACGUACAUUUGUCACAUGUGGUUUGUCAACUUUAUGUCAGGUGUAUUACAUGUCAUGACACAACAGGUUCUGCUCUCUUUUUAUAGUUGACAUGAACAUCUUAAACACCCUUUAAAUGUAUUCAAAUGAUUUGGGGAGUUUCUAGGAAUAUU